AUGACCACCCCCAUCACCGAAUUCAUAAUCCUCACUCUCAAGAACCACGCCACCUCCCCCUCGGAGCCCCCAGCAGCCUGGUCCGACGUCACCGGCACCCUAAAGUCAUUGCCGGGCGUCAACGCCGUGUACACGGGCACCCAGCUCGAGGACCCCUCCAAGACGGUCCUCGUCGUCGAGUGGGCCUCGCCCGCCGCCUUCUCCGCCUUCGCCGCCUCCGAGUCGUACACGCCCUGGUUCGCCUCCCUCAAGGCCGUCUCCGCCCACGCGUCCCCGGACAGCCCGGGCAUCGCCCCGCCGCUCUUCUACAAGGUCCCCUUCACGGCCGACUCGGACCCGGCCGCGGUCUUCGGCGCCCCGUGCACCGAGGUCUUUGUCGCCUACGGCGUGGACGACUCCUUCGUGGGCCGGACGGCGGAGUUUGUCAAGGGCCUGGUGGAGGGGAGGGCCUCGGUGGACGGGUUCCACGGCCACGCGUACGGCGAGAUCUCGACGCCGCUUGCCGUGGAGGGGUCCGGCGACGGGGAGAAGGGGCCCGCGGUGACGCUGUUGCUGGGUGGGAUAGCAAGCAGGCGCAUCUUGAUGCCAAGGCCAAGGCUGGACCGAUAUCCGACAAUAUUCACCUGUUGA